CAGGCGGCACCUUGAGAUUUUCACGGCCAGCGAAGAUGGUACAGGCACGGGGGAAUUCUACCUCCGAUGCCUUGGCAAAAAUGGGGUUUUUGUGGACGGGGUGUUCCAGAGAAGAGGGGCUCCACCUCUGCAGCUUCCACGAAUGUAAGAUUGUUGAAUGAGCGAUGGCGCUUUAACCUUACGACAUGCGCCGCGCUACGUUGUCCCGUGUUGUUGUUUUGUUGUCCGGCCGGCAGCGGUGUUGCACGUGCUGUGUGUCAAGGAACGCUCGGCUUUCGAUUGCGAUAACGUCACGCCGAAUCCCCAUGCCAAAGAUCGCAAGUUUGCACUUACAAAGUGUCAGAUGACACCAAAGGAGUUAUUGAUACCAUCGUUUGAAUCGGUUUUGAAUUUGGCCUUAUUCGGCGUGCAUUGUUUUCACCCAAAACGCAUCACUCAAAUGCAAUGGCUAAGAAUCAGCGCACUCGUGGGUAGUCUCAUUUUGUUUAGGUCCGCAAUUUUAUGCCACUUUAAAUUGAUUUCCUUUAAACUGGGUUGUUUGUCAAACGCCGGGUUGAAGUAUUGGGUGUCGUUUUCUUCCACAGGCCGUCAAAUCGAAGUGAAAAUUCUCAGGCCUAGGUUGAUCUGGAAUUUUCUUUAAAAGUGGGUCGAUUCUCUAUGAGGUGCCGCCCCAAGCUACAUUUUAGCCACGCGUUCAUGCUAGCUACUUUCGCGUGUUGCCAAAACAUUGACGUAUGACAAGUGUGUAAGAUGACAAAAUGGCGAUUCGCGUUUGCUGAAGCUAAGCGUAUUAUUACUAAUGGGUGUUGCUUCCGGUUCCCCAGCACGAGUAUAAAAAUCACAUUCACUGCACUUUUAAGUGACAAAAAGGAGCCGAGGAACGUGGGCGAAUCGCCGGUCAAGUCGGUGCAACCUCAAAUCUCCCCACUUACCAUCAACAUUCCGGACAAUAUUGCCCACCUUAUGAGCCCGCUGCCUUCGCCCACAGGCACCUUAAGUGCUGCAAAUUCCUGCCCAUCAAGUCCAAGGGGGGCCGGACUGUCCAGCUAUCGGAGCGGCCGCGUCCUGGCCUCAGACCUAAUAGCAGACAACUCGCAGUCCGAAAAUGACAAGGAGGCAUCUGGUGAAGACAGCCCAAAGGAUGACUCCAAACCACCAUAUUCAUACGCACAACUGAUAGUCCAAGCUAUCACCAUGGCCCCUGAUAAGCAACUGACACUGAAUGGAAUUUACACCCACAUCACCAAAAAUUACCCCUACUACAGAACAGCUGAUAAAGGCUGGCAGAACUCCAUCCGCCACAACCUGUCCCUCAACCGGUACUUCAUCAAAGUAGCACGUUCUCAAGAGGAGCCCGGGAAAGGAUCCUUCUGGAGAAUUGACCCUUCUUCCGAAGGCAAACUCAUAGAACAAGCCUUCAGGAAACGUAGGCCUAGGGGAGUGCCUUGCUUCAGGACCCCCGUCGGACCCCUCUCUUCCAGGAGCGCCCCCGCUUCUCCCAAUCACACUGGAGCGCUGUCGGCUCACUCCAGUGGCGUGCAGACCCCGGAUAGCCUCUCCAGGGAAGGGUCCCCCGUCCCCAUGGAACCAGAGCCGACCCCACCGCCAGCCCCCGCGCCAACUGCCACCGUCCAGCCUAAGUUUGCUGUCAUCCAAGAGGCUCGCUUUGCUCAGAACUCCACUGGUUCUCCACUCACGAGCCAGCCCGUAUUGAUUGCCGUGCAACGCCAGAUGCCUCCGACGACCAUGAAGCCUGUGACCUAUGCCGUGGCCACGCCGCCGGGCAUGGUGACGACGACUGUUAGCCCCGCCCCCGUCAUGCAAACGGUGCACGUUGUCCACCAGAUCCCCACCGUCACCAUGACGAGUGUCGGCGCGCAGCCGGCCGCUACGCUGAAGCCAAGCCCUCAGGAGAACGGAGGGGGAGAGCACCAAGAGAUCAAAGUCAAAGUGGAGGCGGUCCCGUCCAUCACAGCCUCGUCUAUAGGCGGAGUCGGUCGCAUCAUCCAGACCUCUCAAGCCGCUCCCCUGACCACAGUAACCAUCAUGCAACAGGCUCCUCCGCUGGGUCAACACCAGCUCCCCAUAAAGACCAUCGCGCAAAAUGGCACUCACCUGGUCCCCAUCACUUCUGCUGCCACAGCUGUCGCAAACCCUCUCCACCUCCUGGCCACCCACGCUUCGGCUUCCGCCUCCCUGCCCACCAAAAGGCAGAACGGCGAGGAGGCGCCCGCCUGCAAGAGGGCGAAGACGCAAGACGGCGGCCACGAGGGAGAGGCGGUGACCGCAAACGGCAAUAACAACAAUGGCGCCGGAGAAGCGGAGGUUAGCCAAGCAGUGGGCAACCAGUAGCCCCGCCCCGCCCCGCCCUCAUCCUUCUCCAUAUGCAUCCUGAGCCCCGCCGUUGUCCACGUUGAGCCUCACGCCUUCCGCACUCUUUAGCGGUCAUCAUCUAUGGCAAGGUGCCAAAACCAGAAGCGAUUACUAAAAGUGAAUGUUCCAACCCCCCCGCCCCCCUGCCCCCUCCCCUUCCUCUUCCACUUGGAAUCGAAAUCCCAGCAUUGGCAGCUUAUGAGCGGCAACUCCCUCUUGAAGCACAGGGAAGGAGAAUCCAAAAUUCCAGCUGACUUUUGGGGACCGAAAUAUGCCAACGGCCUCAGCCACUAAAGUGCGUGGCGCCACCCAACAUGCAGCCAAGGGAAGCGUGUGUGCGUGUGUGUGUCUGUGUGUGCGUGCGUGGGCAUUCCCAUCUUCGGCAGCUAGCCUCCCUAGACCCACUUGUGAGUAGAUCUAUAUGCAGUAUUCCAUUGUGCAAAUGUGUCUUGGGAUCUCUUGGUUUCUCCGAGGACCAGUGAUGAAUUAAGAUAGAAAAACUAAACCUUGAUGGACGUUUCGAAUAUCACCUGAUAUUUUUGUUUUGUUUUUGUAUGUGAACUUUGUUCAGUGAAAUGAAUGUAGUCCUUUUUUUUUUUUUAAAGAAAACACUAAUAGAAUGAAUUCUCGUCCGCUCAUUCUUGCAAAUGCCGUUUUGUUUUUCCGCCACUGUACAUGGACAGACUUUUUUUCAUAUUUUACAAAUAUCCAAUGAGAUGAUUAUAAAAAAAAAAAAAGUAUAAUUCCCGUGCGUAUUUGACCAUGUGCUUCAUUGAGCUUGCAUGUUAACAGAUCUAGAGAUAUAAUGUGCUGAUUAUCUGAAUAUGGAACUGAAGAACGUUUAGACUGAAUCUAUCAUGCUUCUUGAUUCUGCCCAGUGCUGCACUUACCCCUCUUUUUAGUUGUGUAUUAUUUUAUUUUUUUUCUAUUCUAUUUUUUUAUCAAUUGCGCUCCGUGUUAACCUUUUUUGUGUUGAGGUUGUGGCAGUCUCUUUAUCAAUGCUAUUCUUCUGUUAACUAAACGUGUCGAAUCAUAUUGUAUCCUCUGUUACACAAGGAAAGACAAGUGAUAAAUGUUUGUUUUGCUUCAGUGGGUAAAUGCUUUAUAUAUAUAAAUAUAUAUAUAUAGGACUUUAUUUAAAA